GAUGCCUGAGCAGACGCUCAUUAAUAUUGAAAUUGGGAACUAGUUAAAGGGUUGUGAUUUCAUUUUUCCCAUUGUGGUGCAUGAAUUCAUCUUCAACGUGCUCCGGCUGGCGUUGGAAGUAGUUCCGGUGGUGUAGCAGUCGAGCGGAGCACACAGACCCGGGAUCUUCGUGCUGCCGAGCGCAAAUGCGAAUAGCGGGUCGAGUCCGCCUGUCAUGACUGUCGACUGACCACAGCCGCGGUCAGUGUGACGGCCGCAGAGCAGCGCGCGUGCAGCCCGGGUGACAGCGUCCAGGCACCGCGGGAGCUUUUGUCUUCGAGGGGGAUUUUUCAAGUGCACUGUCGGCGUCUGGGGCUUCUGAAGCAAGAGUACAAGAAAAAAAAAUUGAGCCGGUUCAUAUUCACCUACGACGCAGCAGCAGCCAUUGCAGUGGCUAAAUGAAGAACUUGUGAACAUGCAUGAGGGAAGGACUCUACCUUUCACUUCGGUGACUUCCCCAGAUGCUUUGGCCCAAAGAAAGAUGGAAAGGAUUGGGAAGAACUCUAGCCAAGGCUGCUGCACAGCACCCGUUCAGUGAGCCAGAAGGAGAUCCUCCACACGCCACGUCACUGAGCCUCUCGCCCUUGUCUUUUGACCCCUCGACCUACAAGCACCAUGACCUCUGAGCUGGAGAGCAGCCUGACUUCGAUGGACUGGCUCCCCCAGCUCAGCAUGAGGGCAGCCAUCCAGAAGGCAGACACUGGCCAUCACCACGCCCACCACCACGGGCACCACCACCACCACGCCCACCAUCACGGGCAUGGGCCUGGCAAGAAAAUCACCCAUCUGGACCCAGGAACAACGCUGGACCAAGAGGAAGCUGCACAGCACAGAGACGGUAAACCGCCCUACAGCUACGCCAGCCUCAUCACCUUUGCAAUCAACGGCUCGCCGCGCAAACGGAUGACACUCAGUGAGAUCUACCAGUGGAUCUGUGACAACUUCCCCUACUACAGAGAGGCAGGCAGCGGCUGGAAGAACUCUAUACGACACAACCUGUCCUUGAACAAGUGUUUUCUCAAAGUGCCUCGCUCCAAAGACGACCCUGGUAAAGGUUCCUACUGGGCCAUAGACACCAACCCUAAAGAAGACACGGUACCCAGCAGGCCAAAGAAGAGACCGCGCUCCGGAGAAAGGGCGUCAACUCCUUACAGCCUGGAGUCAGAGUCUCUGAGAAUGGACUGCAUAAUGUCAGGAGGAGCGUCGCCAACUCUGGCCAUUAAUGCUGUAACCAACAAGGUAGCACUGUACAACCCUGAGGCAGAAGGCAGUGAGAGUCCAGGGAGUCUGGGCGGCAGCCUGAGCAACAGUCUCUCUGAGCAGAGCUUGGCGUCCGUCAACCUUAACCUGAACACGGCCGUCAGCAGUGGCGGCAACGUGCACAGCUACACACCAGUGAGCAGCCACUCGGAGCCUUCGUCUCAGUCCCUGAGCCUCCAGCAGCCCGCCCAGCAGCCGCCACCGCCUCCCCCCCCUCCCCCGCAGCCCCAGUACGGUUUGCCUGUCCCAGAGUCGCGGGACAAGCAGCUGUGUUUCUCAGACUUCGAGGACCUCAGCGCCUCUUUCCGCAGUCUUUACAAGUGCGUCUUUGAGCAGUCCUUCUCACAGCAAGGUUUGAUGGGUAUGCCCGGUGAUUCUAGCCAGCAGGCCCGGACCGCCUGCUCCUACCAGCACUCUCCCAGUGCAGGAAGCAGCGGACACCACCAACACAACCACGGCCAGGCGUCGCACCACCCCCACCACCCUCAGCAGCACCUCUCCCCUCACUCCACCCACAGCCAGCACCAGGCGCACAGUCAGCAUGGCCAGCACCAACAGCACCCUGCUCAUUCCCAGCAGCACCCGUCUCUCUCCCACCAGAGUCACACUGGACAGACCUGCCCCACAACAGGCAUCAUGUCAUCAGACUGGUACCCCAACCUGGACUGGCUGAAGGAGAGCUGCCGCAUUGCUACCAGCUACAACUGGGCUGACGUAGACCUCUCCCCAUUUCAAGGUCUGAAGGAAAGCAUGCGACAGGCUGAGCUCAACAACUGGUCGCUGGACGCCGCCCAGAUGGCCGACCUGUGUUCCUCCAUUAACCAGUUCUUCACCGCCACAGGGGUCAUCCCCCCUCAGGGCACUGCCCACUCCCAACCUCAGGUCCAACACCCGACACCACCAUCGGCGCCGCAGCACCCGGCUCAGCCUCAUGGGGCUAUGCACCCAAAGGCCAGCCAGCACAAUCAGCACGGGCAGCACAACCAACACAUCAGCACGGGGAACAUGUACAUGGACUCGAGACAGAGCAUCUCCUCUCUGAUGGGCCCACCAGGAUACCCCCACAUGCCUCCCAUGAGCAACACGGCCCCCACCAUGACAGGUGACUCCUCCGUCGCCCACUUAACAGGCCAUCUGAGCCAGCUGAGCCAUCAGCAGCAGCAACAACACCGGCUGCCUCUAGGACACUUCCAGGUGAGACGCAUGCUCACUGCGGACGACAUCCAGGACGACUUCGACUGGGACUCCAUUGUCUAACCUGAGCCGGCGCUGGAACAGGCGAGUGAAGAGGGAGAGAGAGAGAGAAAGACUGAAAAUGACAGAGAGACAUGUAACACCAGGUGAGGUAUGGAACUGGCCAAACCACUCCUUUCACCUGUGUGAUAAAAAAUACAGAAGACAAUCCAACUAAAAAAACAAACACGGAAAGUCAUUUUUCUGAUCUUGCUGGCCUUUUUUUUCUGAUACAAAUGGAUGAUGAGUCAAAAGACAAUCAUAAAAAAAAACGAGACUUACACAGGAUUGGACCAAGCCAACGCAUCGUCCAAAGCAAAUAGGACGUCUGAAGCUCUCUGAAGUGUCUCAUGUUUUGUCCCCACCCCCACAGUGCCAACAGGGUUACAAGUCGCCAAAGUGUUGUCAAAAUUGUCUGUGAAUUGUUUAAAUCUUUUGUGUUUCCUGCUACACUUGUGCGUUCUGCAAAGUCUCAGCACCUGUGGCUGUAAUGAAAAGAAAAGGCUUGUGUUCACUAAACUCAUUGCAAAGAGAAUCAGCGUCUUUCGCACACAUUCAGCAGGUCUCACUAUCUCAUUCUCUUUUCUAAUCCUUUGUUCACUCUACAAUACUGGGGGCAUCACUGCAGUUCAACUACGGUUAGAGGAAGGAUUUUUGAAGGAGAAAAUAAUGAUGGCUGUUAGCUGUUCAACUUGAAUCAGUAACGGUUGAGUGGAGCACCACCUGCUGGUUACGACAGGCACCAUAUAGCUUCCAUUGCCUACAUUCUAUGCAUCACAAUGGCUGUAUCCAAGUGUCCGGACUUCACUGGUCUUGCAGACUUUCAGGCUGGCGCAUUCCCAGAAAGUCUGUGAGUGCUGAGGGGCCGUCCAAACCCACAAUUCCUCCAGUCCUCACAGACCUUCAAGUGGACAAUCUGCAGGCUUCUACAGAGUCCGCUCAGGGUGCAGACUUCAACGAAUUUAGUCCGUCUCCACACAUGCACAGGUAUUUCUUUAAACUUAGUUUCUUCCGUGUUUUGGCUUUUUUUACAAAUGCAAAUCGCAUUGCAGCUCACAAAAAACAAACCUUUAGAGAAACUCUUCCCAGGGUUAAGAUAUUAAGAAACUCUGAUUUAAAAAACAGUGUUUAUGUCUUGACAGGCAGAAAUUUGGGGAAAAAAUUACAUGGACACCCAUUUUCGUCUCCUAAUUGGGCAUUAUCAGUGUAUCUAGCCCUAUGCUGGAGGGAGUGUUAUGACAUAUGAUAUUGGAGCAUUUGUGCCUCGUGUCAAGAUGGAGGUCACUUCUUUUUGAAUACCCCGUUUUCAAAACUACCUGCAUAUGUUUGGACUAGGCCUUAAUUACCCACAAUACAAUUUGAGUAUGGAUGUGACAUAGUUUUUCCAGUUGCCGACUUAAAAAACUUUAUUACAUUGUUAAAUAAUAAUAAUAUGUAGGACAGAUAUUAUAUCCAACCUUGUCAUGAUGCAGAAACUUGACAUAUAGGCAAUAGAGGUGCAUCAAAAUGCAUUUCAUUAUUGUUGUGUUUUGGCCUCGCAAACUUCACGCAAUGACAGUGAACGCAUCACUCUAUUCACUCCAUGUGAGUCCAGAGGGUGGACAUUUGGAUUCAGCCAAUAUGUUCUGUCUUGAUCUUUGUUCUUCUUUAUUUUUGUCAUUUAAAAAGUCAUUAUUUGUGUGUGUGGAAUAGUGCAUAGUGCCAUGUUCUCAGGGUGUUACAUUCACAUACCACGUCAGACCGACACGAAGCCAUUUACAUGUCUGUGUGUGAGGUUGCUGCGUGUCAUAUGGUGCUCAGUGUUCACCUCCUGUUGGCGAAACAGCGAGCCUCCUGGUUACUGUCCUCCAAAGCUUCAUCUGUCAAGUUUAUAAGCUAACUGAUAUAAAAUACUACGGCAUAAGCUUCUCAGCAGCUCCCACUAUAGCCACUAAUUACAAUAAAAUUGAGACGUUGGCUAGACUUCGACUCAACAAAAACACAUAGUUUCCUGAGGUAUGAUUCAGUUUUUCAAGGUUUUAUAGUUUUGGGAAGGUGCUUAUUGAUUAUGACGAUGCAGCGAAGGCCGGACGUUGUUUUAAGAUGCCUCGCUCAGGCGAUGACGAGCAGUUCUUUUGCACAGCACCAAACUUGAUCGCAUCUUAGCGAGUGAGAGAAAUAAAAGAAAACCGUGAACCUUUAACUUCUUUGUUUUAUAAAGACAUUUUAAAAAAGAUAAUAAAUCAGCAGCAAAGGAACAAAGACUAAAAUAAAAGGUUUCAAAUGCUCAACUUCCUUUUUUUUUUACUGUGAUGUUUAAUUUUGUCUGUGUGUACAAGUGUGUGUAGUCUCUGAUUUCCUUUUAGCAUACAGCUCCGUACAGCUCAAAAGAUACUCAAAAGAAACAAGUAACUUGUUGGUAUUAAAGUGAAAUAUGGGGCCUUAAACUGCUCUUUGGUUUGGAAGAUCUCAGUGGUUGUUCUAAUGGUCAAUACAAGGUCUCAUACUGGGAAAAAAAAAAAAAAAAUACUCUUUAUUAUUGCCAUUAAAUGCUGUAUUACAGUGACCAGCAUAUAUAACUUGUAUGUUUUGUGUGUUGUUGUCCUUGUAAAUACAAGUAUGUAACUCCUACGUUUGCCCUUGAAAAACACGGACUGAUGAGAAGAAAACAGAAAAAUGGAGAGAAAGUAUUUUAUUAUUCGUCCUUCAGGAGACACAGUAUGUACAUACCUUCAGUAUAUUGUAAAUAAGUGAUGAACAAAAAAAAUUGGCAUUGGCGUUUUGUGUGUCAUGAAUAAUCUGUGUAUGGCGGUUCAACGGUUCAAAUCUGUUUCAGUGUUUAUUAAAAUGUCAUUGACCAUUUUUACUGAGCUAA